AUGCUCAACACCUAUUUGAGUAAACCGGUAGAUGAAGAAGAAGAUAGAUUUGGUACUUACAAGGAGAAGGAUCUAGACCCACAUAAGAAAUUCACCGAUCCUGCAAGGAAGAGGAAGGUCAGAAAAGAGGUUGAAGAGCUUGCAGAACAAAUGGGUAUAUCCAAAGAAGUUGUUCAAAGGGCUAGGGAACAUAAUAUAUUGAAGGAGGAUGACAUAUUAAAGCCUAAAAAUUCAAAAUCGGUCUCCACUCCUCCCAAGAAAACUAAGCCAAGGCAAUCCCAGUCUACACCUACCUCUGGUGCUCAGAAGCCUAUCCCUCCACCCAAGCAACAAUCCAAGUCAACCAGUGGAGCAAAGAAGAGGAAGAAGGAGAAGCCACAAAGGGAAAAUGUUCCAGCCAUUGCUGAAGAUGUAGAGACAAAAUUUGAUGAAGCAGUUAGAGAGGUGAAGAAGACAACUGCCUAUGUUAGGGUAGUGAAAAAAUCUCAAUCCACUGGAGCCCAACCAACCAAGAAGCCAAGGACAGAAGUUGAGUCAUCUGAUAGAGCAAGAGCAAGUAAGAAACAAAAUUUUGAAUUGGAUGAAGCUCUGAAGUUUGACAAGAUAGGAGGAACUUACACUGUUGUACCCCCAUGA